CAAUUGUUGAGGCGUCAUGGACAGCAGCCUGGUGCUUCUGGGCCUCUUGGUCCUUCUCGUGCUGGUGUCGUUGGGCUUGGAUACGUACCGAUGCACGCUCUUGUCCAAGAGCGGGCUCGCGUUGCUGGUUGGGGGCGUUGUCGGCCUCCUACUUGCGUCGCAAAACACGGAAGCGACAGCGCCGUUGCAGCUGCAUCACUCGAUCUUCUUCGACGUGCUGCUUCCACCCAUCAUUUAUGAGGCAGGGUUCUCGGUCGAACGAACUACGUUUUUCCGCAACUUUGGUGCCGUCUUGGCCACUGCGAUCUGGGGCACGUUGAUAUCGGCGUGCGUGACUGGGCUCAUGCUCUACCUCGCCAGCUUGUGCGGAUGGAUUCCAAACAUCGACUGGAUCGAGGCCUUUCUGUUUGGGGCGCUCCUCAGCGCAGUCGACCCGGUUGCGACCCUCGGGGUGUUUCAGAAACUGAACGUUCCGCCCGUCCUGUUCAACGUUGUAUUUGGCGAAAGCGUUUUGAACGAUGCCGUGGCCAUUGCACUUUACAAAGCUCUCACGUCGUGGGCAGACGCUGGGAUGACAGUGUCGGUACUGGUGCUCGUGGUGUGCCAGACAUUUGGGAUUCUCGUUGGGUCGAUCUGCGUCUCCAUGCUGCUCACGCUCGUCGGGUCGUCCAUUUUCGUCCAAUUUCCCGCCUUGCGCGCCUACCCUGCGUACGAGAUCCUUCUCUGCAUAUGCGUGAGCCUGAGCACAUAUUUUGCCGCCGAAUGCUGUGAGUUCUCCGGCAUCGUCGCGUUGUUCUUCAGCGGCAUCCUGACCGGCCACUACCACUACCACGUCAUGUCGCCCGAGUCGCAACUCGCCGUGCACCACACCCUCCAGACCGCGUCCUUUGUAUGCGAGACCCUCGUGUACGUUUUUGUCGGCGUUGCAACAGCCCUCGUGCUGUGCAGCAAUGCCACCAACGAAACGAGGUCGCUGUCCCAUUACGGUGCACCGAGCAACUCGACCGAAAUCGUCGUGAGUUGGUCCUUUGUCGGGUGGACCACGCUGAGCUUGUUUGCCGGGCGCGCCUUGAAUGUUUUUCCGCUCGUUUCGUUGACGAAUUACCUCCGGUGUAACCAGGACACACUGACGUUCCCGAUGAUGGUCGUCAUGUGGCUGACGGGCCUGCGCGGCGCCGUCGCCGUCGCCCUCGUCACCGACUGGUCGUACGUGCGAGAAGGCAACGACAGCGUGGGCAGCGUCAAGCAACUCAUGGUGACCACGACCCUCUUUCUCGUGAUUGGAACGACGUGGAUUGUGGGAGGGCUGACAGGGCCGCUGCUUGGGUUGUGCGGUCUCCUGGACGCCCCGCCUUCCGCAUUUGUCCUUCCAGUCCCUGUGUCAUCGUGUACGUCAUUCCAACCCUCGGAAGGAGAUCGCGCAACGUCGCCAUCUCAUGGCGUUCCAGACCGAAACGUGACCCCCGUCGGACGACGGAUGAGCUCGCUGGACGAGACCUCGCCGGACGGGUCGCGAUCGUGCGCGAACAUCCGCGUCACAGCGUACCAGAUGUGGCAUGCGUUUGACAACACGUAUAUGAAGCCACUCUUUGGCGGCCGCCACAAACUACACCGAGGGGAUCGUGAAAAAGACGGCAACGCUCCAAACUCGACGGCCACUCCGUCGCCAUCCAUCUCAUCGCCGCUUGCACGAAAGAAGUGCAAAGCCGACCCAUCGACGCCGCUCGUGCCGGGCGACUCUCAACAACACGCGUCAUCAUAACUGUUUCGUUCAACUUAGCUGUGUAUUUUGAACAUGUAACUGUCGUCACA